AUGCUAGCAACAUCCCCAUCCCCUAAUCUCCCACCGACGACCGCCCGCGACUCGGGUGUUAGUGUCUACUCCUCCUCGAGUCGAUCACAGCAUGAUCACUCGAUGAUCAAGCCUGCCCACCCUCGAACUGCCACCGUCGAACAGGCCAAUACCACCCGAAAACGCCCUCCCUCCUACGAUCUGGACUUUCCCAAGCCCCGCAGGAUACCCAGCACGCGGUCUCUCGAUCGCUACAAAUACUCUCCUCGGCCUCAGCCCCGCGUGAAGAUGGUCGAUGCCGCUACACAAUACUCACCUCCAAACGAACAGAAAGCUGAAAAGACCCCAACCAGUACCAUUGCAGGCCUGCAACUAUCCGAAGGCGAGGACCAACCACCCAAGACAGCUCCCCUCCCCUCGGCCGCGAAGAGACGUGAUGGCACUGCUGUGAAUCUCCCCAAGUCGGAGAGCGGGACAAAUUCAGGCCAGACCAAGAGGGUGGCCGCUGAACCCCCUCCUGAACCUGAAAUCCACGCAAACGGACCCGAGUCAGAAGAGACGCAGAGCGCACAACAAUCUCCAGUGAAAAAGGCACGUCCGGAUGCCCCACCUGUGCGAAUCAUGCCACUGCGAUAUGAGACUUGUAACACGCGGGAUUUGGUGGUGUUGAUAUCUUCAAUGCUCAUGGAGCUCAUUCGCUACAACGACGCAAUUCCGCUACGAGAAGGCCAGCUCACCCGGUUUCAUUCACGAGCCCCUCCGGGCAUCUCGGUUCUGGACUAUCUCCAACGAUUGACCACUCACGCUACUUUAUCUCCUCCUAUAUUGCUGAGCGUCGUCUACUAUAUCGACCGCCUAUGUGCGCUUUAUCCGGCUUUCACCAUCAGUUCCCUCACCGUACAUCGAUUCCUCAUCACAAGCGCCACAGUCGCGAGCAAAGGCCUGAGCGACUCUUUCUGGACCAACAAGACUUAUGCCCGGGUGGGAGGUGUGAGUAUGAAGGAACUUGCGCUGCUCGAACUCGAGUUUCUCACCAGAAUGGAGUGGCGCAUCGUACCGAAACCAGAGGUCUUGGUGGAUUACUAUAAGUCGCUGAUUGCGAGAAAUUCUCAGUAUCAGCUCGAAGAUACAUAG